UUGCCAAGAGUGAUGUUACAACGAACACAACAUCUGGCCUUUUGCUUGCUCGGGGCGUUUCGGGAGAGCAGCAGGACGCACGUCCCCCGGAGGAGGGCAUGGUUGGAAAUUAGCCUGAGCAAGGAAAGGUCUGGAUCAAAGGCUGGGCACUUUCUAAAGUCAGCUCCCUCCCACCAUUUGACUCUUGUGCUGAGCUGGCCGCAGCCUGGGUCAGGACACUCGUAGCAGCCCAGGGAAAAGCGUCAGGGCUUCUCCUGUCUCCAGUAAUAAUGCCAACUGUGGAUGACAUUCUAGAGCACAUCGGGGAAUUUAACUUCUUCCAGAAACAGACAUUUUUCCUCUUAGCUCUACUCUCUGCAGCGUUCACCCCCAUCUACGUGGGCAUCGUCUUCCUGGCUUUCACCCCGGAUCACCGCUGCCUGAGCCCUGGGGUGGCCGAGCUGAGCCGGCGAUGUGGCUGGAGCCUGGCGGAGGAGCUGAACUACACGGUGCCUGGCCCGGGGGCUGCUGGUGAGACCUUCCCCGACCAGUGCCACGGCUAUGAAGUGGACUGGAACCGGAGCGGCCUCAGCUGCGUGGACCCGCUGGCCGGCCUGGCUGCCAAUAGGAGUCACCUGCCGCUGGGGCCCUGUCGGCACGGCUGGGUGUACGACACGCCCGGCUCAUCCAUCGUGACCGAGUUUAACCUAGUGUGUGCCAAUUCCUGGAUGCUGGACCUGCUUCAGUCGGCUGUGAAUGUAGGAUUUUUUAUCGGUUCUGUGGGUAUCGGCUACCUCGCAGACAGGUUUGGCCGCAAGCUCUGCCUCUUGGUCACGAUCCUCAUAAAUGCUGCAUCUGGAGUUCUCAUGGCCAUUUCCCCAAACUAUACAUGGGUGUUAAUUUUCCGUUUGAUCCAAGGGCUGGUCAGCAAGGCAGGCUGGCUAAUAGGCUACAUCCAGAUUACAGAAUUUGUCGGGCUGAGCUAUCGGAGAACAGUGGGCAUUGUUUACCAAGCGGCCUUCACCGUUGGGCUCCUGGUGCUGGCUGGCGUGGCUUACGUGCUUCCGCACUGGAGGUGGCUGCAGCUCACGGUUACUCUGCCCAACGUCUGCUUUGUGCUCUAUUACUGGUGCAUCCCUGAGUCUCCAAGGUGGCUGAUCGCCCAGAACAAAAGUGCUAAAGCCAUGAGGGUCAUGAAGUACAUCGCAAAGAAAAAUGGAAAACCUCUGCCUGCCUCCCUUCAGAGCCUCAGACCUGAUGAGGAAGUUGACAAGAAGCUGAAUCCUUCAUUUCUUGACUUGGUCAGAACCCCUCAGAUAAGGAAACAUACUUUGAUCUUGAUGUACAACUGGUUCACGAGCUCUGUUCUCUACCAAGGCCUCAUAAUGCACAUGGGCCUUGCAGGGAGCAACAUCUACUUGGACUUCUUCUUCUCUGCCUUGGUGGAAUUCCCAGCCGCCCUCAUCAUCAUCCUCACCAUUGAUCGUAUAGGUCGUCGGUAUCCAUGGGCUGCAUCAAAUAUGGUGGCCGGGGCAGCCUGUCUCGCCUCAGUUUUCAUCCCUGAUGAUCUCCAUUGGCUAAGAGUUACAGUUGCGUGUUUGGGUAGAAUGGGGAUUACAAUGGCCUUCGAAAUGGUCUGCCUGGUCAAUGCAGAGCUUUACCCCACGUUCAUCAGGAAUCUGGGUGUCCUUGUCUGUUCCUCCAUGUGUGACAUCGGUGGCAUCAUCACACCUUUCCUGGUCUACCGGCUCACUGAUGUCUGGCAUGAGCUCCCGCUGGUGGUUUUUGCGGUGGUUGGCUUGGUUGCUGGGGGACUGGUGUUGCUGCUCCCGGAGACCAAAGGGAAGGCUUUGCCUGAGACUAUUGACGAAGCUGAAAACAUGCAGAGACCAAGAAAUAAUAAAGAAAAGAUGAUUUAUCUCCAAGUCAAGAAACUAGACAUUCCCUUAAACUAAGAAGAGAGACCACUCUUGCCAUCGCCUUGCUGUGAUGAUACAAGUCCAGAACAGAUGUUUCUCCAAGCACCACAGAGCCAAUGGAACUCAACCUCACUCCCCUUUGAACCCUACUAACUUGGGCCUAUAGUCAAAUAGAGUUUGUUGUCCUACUGUAUUAAAAUCUUCCCAUAAGACCAGAUCCUACCAAACGCUACCAGCUCACUCCUUUUCCAGCAUUCCUAGGACAGUGCUAUUGGGGUGCUGGGAAUUGUUUUCAUCUUUGUAUUUCUUUAUUUUAUUCCUUUCUCCACAAUGGUAUCAAACCAAAACACAUAGGGGUAUUGUGGGCCAGGAAAACAAAAUAGAAAAGAUUUGAAAAACAAUUAAGUGGAAACAGAGAGACCUUGUUUUCUUAAACAUAUAAUACAGUUAAACAAUAUCAAGUUGUCUGGAACAUCAGGAACUUUAAAUUGGCCUUUCAGUGUCAUGUGUGAAAAUUUUUAAAAUACAUUCAUUAUUAUCUGGGUUACACUCUAAAGGAACCUAAAGUGAAAGAAUCAGAAAUGCAACCUGAGUAAUCACUAAAUCUCCUCUAUUUAGAUGGAAUCAGUACAAAUGUGUGCUUUUUACAAAAAAUCUUGAGAAGAGUUUGACAAAGAGCAGCAUUAAAGUUGGCUUAUUAAACCAACACCUAAUGUUUCACUCUGAUAAAAAUUGCUCUAAAUUUGUGGUUUAAAAAAUUAUAUUAAUAUUUUACCAAGAUAAUAUAGUAAAUAAAAGCUUUUAGAAGCUAAAUAUUUCAAAGCCUAUAAUUAAAAACAGAUGUUCCUUACUCCAUUCUUCUUCUAUCAAUGCCUCUGGAAUAAUUUUCAACUAUUUUAGCUGGAUUUUUUUUCCCCUUGUGAUUUAUCUUUAUAUAGCUGAAUAACUAGCUUUAAAUUGACAGUGUUUGCCUUCUUAGGUUUAAAUAUUACAUUACCUAUUGAUCUUUUUAUAUAAAAUAUAAAAGCUUAGCUUUCUUCAGCUUUCUCCUCAUCCCAACACACAACUUCUCUCUUCUCUUCAAACUCCGUGUUAUCACGUUUUUAUUCAAUCAAAAGUUGACAUUCACAUUGUUAUGGCUGUGUCACUAUUUUUAACAGCUGAGCCACAUCGUAUAUAAUGAUCAGCUCUACUCUUUCACGCAUUUUAUUUCUCUUGGGCCUUGGUUUUUAUUGCUUGUUUUCUAUAUAUGCACCAUCACUUUCCCCCCAAUUCUCUGAUAAAACAAUAGAUCUCUCAGUGCAUUCAAACACAUCUCUUUCUUCCAGGGAGCCCUCCCACUUUCUAAACACACUUGGAGCCUGCAGCCCUUCUGGUCCAGUGUAGCCUGGCUGACAUUAAGGUCUACUGCCCAGCUGUUGUCCUGGGCUCUCCUUUCCCCACUUUCCUGAGCAAUCCCGGUGCCUCUUUCUUGGGUGGGAUUCCCUGUGUCAUAGGUCAGAAGUCUUCCUCAUUCUUGGUCUUCUCCCUCAUUUUGAGGAAUCACAUCUCCCAGUAUUGUCCUGAGAAAGAGCACAUACUUGUCCUAAAUUCUCUUCUGUAACACUAGGUGUUACAACUACACAUUCCUGGCCCUUUGCCACCUGGCUUCUUAUAAGGCUCUACCAAUGGGUAGCAUUGGCCAGAUAGGAAGAUAGGAGCAAGAGAGGUCUUUCUUCCAUAUCAUGAAGGUGUCUUGGGCAGCUGCAGUAACAGCUGCUGGCCACCUGAACCAAAGGAAUGUGGGUUCCUGGUCACAGCUCGAUGGUAGUGGGGCAGUUUUAACAGCAGUAGCAGCAGGAACAUCAUUGCCUCAUUGACUUCAAGGCAAGAACAUGGACGGGACUGGAAGAGAUGAUGCUGAGUGAAAUAAGUCAAGCAGAGAGAGUCAAUGAUCAUAUGGUUUCAC